UGCUGCUUUAUUUACAGCUUCUCCUCCUAGUGUUUCCUCCGCGCUCUCCACCAUUGCUUUUCUGCAGUCCUGACACCCAACCUCCUCGGCACCAUCAUUCCAUUCGGCCAUUCCCAUCGCCCCCCUCGCCCUUCCUUCCUGCCGGCAGCCGGCCACUUCUGUUCCGCCGCCCCGCCGUGCUCGCACUCCUCCGGCGACAUGUCCAAGAAAAUCGUGGUGAAGCUGGACCUGCACGACAACAAGGACAAGCAGAAGGCCAUGAAGGCCGUCUCGGCGCUCACCGGGAUCGACGCGAUCUCCGUGGACAUGGCGUCGCACAAGAUGACGGUGAUCGGCAUGGUGGACCCCGUGAACCUGGUGAGCAGGCUGCGCAAGGCCUCGUGGGCGGCGACCAUCGACUCGGUCGGCCCGGCCAAGGAGUCCGAGAAGAAGGAGGAGCAGAAGAAGAAGGACGGGGAGGGCGACAAGAAGGACGGCGACGGCGAGAAGAAGGAAGGCGAGGGGGAGAAAAAGGACGGCGGCGACGGCAAGAAGGCGGCGCCGCUGACGGAGCAGCAGAUCCUCGCCGAGCUGAUGAACCAGUACCGCGCCUACUACCCGCCCAUGCACACCCACUACUACGCCCAGAGCUUGGAGGAGAACCCCAACUCCUGCGCCAUCUGCUAGACCUACCCUUGUGUCGCAUGAGGUAAUAUAAUCAGCCACGAUUAGCUAGUUACCAUACGUGUUUAGCUCACGUGUAUAUAUCCGAGUAAGAAUUACGAGACGGAUUACCUGAGGAGGUCAAGAUUCUUGUGAACCAUUGCAUGCUUGCAACGUGUAUAAAAGAAAAAAAAAGAAUAGCGCCUACUCGUGUGGUCAUGGACUCAUGGUGGAUACGCAGCGUCUCUCUCUAUACAUAGAAGAACACCGUAUGAUGGUAACGGUACGGUAUGUGUAAGUGAGUUUUUUUUUGCAGCAAUGUGUAAGUGAGCUUUGCUUUCUGAGAUAACUAGAGAUGUAAUGAUAUGUAGCUACAGUUUUGGACUUUUAAUUUUUAUAAAAGUGUUAUUGAUACAUGUUUGUGUUA